UGCUGUUAACACUGUUGUUAUGGCGAUUAUUUAAAAAAUAAAACGUCAGUCUGAAAAUAUGGCGGCUGCAAUGAGCGAUUUUGAGCCGUGGCUUAUUGAUAAAUUAAAAUCAUUAAAAACUGAUGAAAAUGUUUUCGGAUCAUACAUAACAGGCAUUUUGGAAAGUGACGAAACUGCCGAUGAAAAAAAAGAUGCCUUGGAAGGCUUACUGGCUGAGAUUGUGGAAAAUGAUACGAGUACACACGUAACUGAAAUAUUAGAUAAAUGGGAGGCAAGCAAACCAAAGGGAGAAGCUCCUAAGCCGACUAAAGAUGUCGACGCGCAGCUAGCCAAGUUGAUGGAAUCCCAAGCACCUGCGGCUACUGCAAGACGUGAAUAUACUGAUGAGGAAAAGAAAAUACGUGAUGCAAUAUUAUCGCAAUAUAGCCAGCUGUCUGAUAAUGAGCAUGAUGAGGAAAAUGUUGAAGAACCCGAAAGUGGGGAUUUAGUAAAAAAUACAAAUGCAGCGGACGUUGCAGCGGCUGCCCGCGAGCGGCGAGAGCAGGCGCGCUUAGAAGCUCAAAAGAAAAAGGAGAAAGAUAAAGAAGAUAGGGAGAAGCAAAAACAAAUGAAAGAAGAGAAAAAGGAAAAACGCAAAACACAAAAAGGGGAGAGAAAGAGAUAGCUCAGUAAAACAUCAAACAGCUAAACUUGUUUUUAAUUUUAGCACCAUUAAUAUUAUUAUUUACAAAAACUUAGAUUUUAACAUUGUUCUAAAUGAGUUGAUUUCCUAUUAAAUGAAAUAAAUUGAAUGCUUUGUUGUUAAGCUUCGACAUAAUGGGUUAAAAUCAUUAGUUUCAGAGUUGAUUUACACUUGAUUUGAUUUUUUAUUGCUCAGUCAGAACUGUCAACACUUGUUUUCAACUUUUGUAUAGUAGGUACAUACCUUAAGUAUUAUAAUACUUAUUUAUCAAUAUAAAGGCCCCAUAUUAUGCUUAUAUCAUAUCUUACAUUAUACACACUGCUUGUAAUGGAAAAGUAAACAGAAAACUUCUAUAAAUUAAGUUCUAAUUUUGAGACCACAUUUUAGCAGCAAGGUUAAAUUUUUGUCUGUGUUUAUUUUUAGACCUAAUUUAAUCCAUAAGGAUUUUUCAGUGUCAUUUUGAGGUCCAUAUUCUAAAAUAAUACUCUGUUUGAUUAUUGAUUGAAGCAUUAAGAUAGGUUUAAUUUUUAGUUUUACAUAUCCAUGCCUUGAAGAUCUUGAGUUUGAAGUAAGUUAAGUGUGUUGUUUUAAAAUGUGGCACUAAUUAUAAGUAUUCAUUUCAGUUCAGAAAGUAUUUUUCAUAUACAGUUCAAUGUUUAACAGCAUUACAAAUUGAAAAUAAGUAUUUUUAAGUCGUGCAGUUAUACA